AUGUCGUCUGGGGCGGCAACAUCCGGCGAAUAUUGGCUCAUCUCGGUGCCCGGCGAGAAGGGAGCCAACGACGCGUGGGAUAAGCUGAAUCGAGCCACCGGAAACGUGUCGACCAACUCGAAAUAUUUGAUUCCGGAUUUGAAGGUCGGAACACUCGAUCAACUCGUCGGACUCUCGGAUGACUUGAGCAAGUUGGACACCUCGGCUGAGGGAGUUAUCCGCAAGCUUGUGCAAUACUUCACCGAAGUUCUCGAGGAGGACAAGAGCAAGGUUGCCGAGAAUUUGGUGAUUGGAAAUAAGGACAUGAAGACAUACGUCACAAAAUUCCAAUGGGAAGGUGCCAAAUAUCCGUUGAAGCAGUCGCUUAAGGUGCUCAGCGAGAUUAUCGGAAAACAGAUCACCCAAAUCGAUAAUGAUCUGAAGAUGAAGUCGUUGGCCUACAAUAAUUUGAAGAACGCGUUGGCAUCGAUGGACAGAAAGACCACCGGAUCCCUUCUGACAAAGGAUUUGGCGGAUUUGGUCAAAGCGGAUGACUUUGUACUCAAUUCUGAGUAUUUGCAGACUGUUAUCGUUGUGGUGCCGAAAAUCAGCGUGAAAGAGUGGGAAUCAAAGUACGCCACGCUCUCCUCGAUGGUCGUGCCCGGAUCGUCGAAACUGUUGACCGAGGAGGGAGAGCACGCGCUUUACACGGUCACACUCUUCAAAAAAGUGAUUGAUGAGUUCAAGAACACCGCCCGUGAGAACAAAUUCAUCGUUCGUGACUUUGUCUAUGAUGAGGAGACGUUGAAAGCGGGACGAACGGAACGAGACAAGCUCCAAGCCGAGAAGCAGCGACAAUACGCGCCGCUCAUCCGCUGGUUGAAGAUCAAUUUCGGCGAGAUCUUCUCCGCCUACAUUCACAUCAAGGCACUCCGCGUCUUCGUCGAAUCGGUGCUUCGCUACGGUCUCCCCGUCAACUUUCAAGCCGCCGUCAUUGAGCCAGCCAAGGGACAACAGAAGAAAUUGAGACAAGAGCUGCACAAGUUGUAUAUUCAUUUGGACGGUUCCGCAGCCGGACCGAUUGAUACCCUCGAAGACUCGCCAGCACUGAUGUCGUUGGGUGUCAACGAAUACUAUCCAUACGUCUUCUUCAAGCUGAAUAUCGAUUUUUCGAAUAAGUAG